AUGGAUUCACUUCGCAGGAAAACUGUCCAAGUCAACCUUGUAAGAAUUCCUCCACAACUCAAGGAGCUAGCUUCAAGGAUUCCUGAGAACUAUCCAUUCACCGAGAGACAUGGUCGUCUACUCAACUUGGUCACCUCCAACACAAAGGAGGAUAUGUUGAAGGUUCUCUUCCAGUUCUUUGACCCUUUGCAUCAUUGCUUCAUAUUUCCUGACUAUCAACUUGUGUCCACUUUGGAAGAAUUCUCUCAACUUCUGAGGAUUCCUAUUCUCAAUCAACUACCCUUCAACGGUACGGAAAGAGAUCCAAAUCCAGAAGAUAUUUCUCAAGCCCUGCACUUGCACUCAUCUGAUGUCAUAACACAUUGGGAAACUAGAAGUGGUGUCAAAGGCUUCUUAUCAAAGUUCUUGUUUGAGAAGGCCCAAAGCUGUUGGAAUUCUCUAGACUUGUAA